GUUGUUCCCGUUAAAGGAGAACACGAGCGGCCUCCCUUGGCUCCCAGCUCUGCGCGCAGCCCCAAGGCGCAGCUGUCUUUGGAGACGCCGGGAAUCCUGUGAGCGCAUCCAAGUUCUGUGGCCGAGGCCUUUCUGAGGAUCGGGACGGCUAUCCCUUUGGGCUGCAGACUCUCCGCUGAGCAAAAUCUGCCGCCAGAAUGCUCCUCUUGUUGCUAAGUAUCAUCGUCCUGCACGUCGCAGUCCUGGUGCUGCUGUUCGUCUCCACGAUCGUCAGCCAUUGGAUGGUGGGCGGCGGACACUCAACUGACCUCUGGCAGAACUGUAGCACCUCCACAAGCAACAUCUACCACUGCUUCUCAGCGUCAACAAAUGAAUGGCUUCAGUCUGUCCAGGCCACCAUGAUCCUGUCCAUCAUCUUCAGUGUUCUCUCUCUGUUCCUGUUCUUCUGCCAGCUCUUUACCCUCACCAAGGGAGGCCGCUUUUACUUCACUGGAGUAUUCCAAAUCCUUGCUGGUCUGUGCGUGAUGAGUGCUGCGUCCAUCUACACAGUGAAGCACACAGACUGGCACUUCAACUCUGACAAUUCCUAUGGCUAUGCCUACAUCCUGGCCUGGGUGGCCUUCCCCUUAGCCCUACUCAGCGGGGUUGUCUAUGUGAUCUUACGGAAGCGUGAAUGAGGUGCAAGGGCAGUCCGUCUGUGGUUCUGAGCAUACAGGGGAGGGGAAAGGAGGAAGGAAACCAGAAACCCAAAACCAGAGAAAUGGAAAGAGAGCUAGCCAACAAUCCCAAACUCAAACCAAAUCAAACUGAAAGCAGUUGAGGGGGGUGGGAAGGGGCUUCGUUGUUGAUUGAAGAUGUAUAUAAUAUCUAUGGUUUAUAAAACCUAUUUAUAACACUUUUUACAUAUAUGUACAUAGUAUUGUUUGCUUUUUAUGUUGACCAUCAGCCUUGUGUUGUACCUUCAAGAAGUAGCUAAGGGACUUUUUACAUCCUAACUAUAAUCAAGUUCAGUAUUUUUUCUUUGCUUUUCUUUUGGUUUUGUCCAAAGAUAUAGAUAACUCCAUCUCACCCCCUUCCCUUUUCUCCAAAAGAAGAUACCUCCCUCCUUCUCCACCUCAUUUAGAAAAAAAAAUGUGGAUAGAAGCCCCGAAUGGCCCAUUGCCUUUCUGAUGCGGGAGACCAGUGAAUGACAGACAGACAGGCACUGCCCACCCCUGCAUGUAAAGCCUGCUGCAGUCACGCCCCCCUGCCCCCGCCCCUCCAACUGGAACCCUCAGCAAAACAUGUUUGUGGCUUUGGAAAUACUUGCUCUUGAGGGUGGGUGUGCCCUGGUCCUGUGUCCAGAUGAGAAACCUAUGAAAUGGUGCUAUAUAUAUUUACCAUUCCUUAUGAUCACUAACCAUCUAAAGUACUCACUGGAAAUUCAAUUAACAGCUUUAGGACAUAAAGUAGAAUGGAAACCUUCAUAAUAAUGCUGUGUAAUAUAAAGUUUGUCACUGCUGUUGAACCUAGCUAGGCUUCUGUGAUCACUAGGGCCAAUAAAUAAGAAGAUACAUAAAUAAUAAAUUGCCAUUAACACUCCCACAUUUGUUUCAUAUGGCCAGAGCAGCAGGACAGACCUCUAGAUCCGCUGAGACUGUGAGUUCCCAGGGUUUGUCUGGGUGUAGACUGUUCUCUGCCUCCAAGAGCUGUCUGGCAAUGACUUGUAUUGGCCACCAACUGUAGAUGUAUAUGGUGCCCUCUGAUGCUAAGACUCCAGACCUUUUAUUAUUGUUAUUAUCAUGAUUGCUUUGCUUCUUCUGAUUUUGUACCAACUGUGUGGACUAAGAUGCAUUAAAAUAAACAUCAGAGUAACUCA